AUGCGUGCCUUUAUUGUUCUCUGCUGCUUGGCUACUGCUUACGCUGCCAGUUUGGGCUAUGAUUACGAAAGACAAUCCGGUGGUGUAGGCUCUGGUGGUUUCGGAGGCGCCCCCUCUGGUGGAUUUGGUGGUGAUCAAGGAUUUCAAUCUGGCCCUGUUGGCGGCGGUGAUUAUAGUGCUCCUGCUCCUGCUGAAUUUGAAAAGGAAUUCUUUACCUACUCUGCCCCCGAAGGUGCUUUCGAUGACAACAGCGGCAACCAACAACUCGGCAAUGUAAAACGUGGCUUACGCGUCAUCUUCAUCAAGGGCCCUGAAAACUCCGGUCUUGAAAAUGCUGCCCUUCAAUUGGCCAAAUCUGCCGGUGAACAACGUACUGCCAUCUAUGUUCUCAACAAACAAGCCGAUAUUGGAGACUUGGCUAACAAAUUGAACAACUUAAACAAGAACAAUGCCAACAAACCCGAAGUACACUUUGUCAAAUACCGCACUCCCGCUGAUGCCGAAAAUGCCCAACGUGCCAUCCAAGGUCAAUAUGAAGGUUUGGGCGGUAAAUCUAGCAGCCACAAUGGUGGUGUUGCACCUGUUUUGGACUUUGCUUCCAAAGCUCCCGUAAGCAGCCAUGGUGGUUAUCAAUCCUCUGAACCCGCUAACGCUUACUUGCCAGCCAACAAGCGCGUUUAA